CAGACAGCAUAAAGGAGAUUGGCCAGCAGUCAGCAGAGGCAAUGUACCAUCUCCACUACAUCAUGAUGACCAAACUGGCUAAGGAGGUAGAGAAAAAGCGGAAGAAUAAGAAAGGCAACGUUGUGAAAUGGUUCCGAGAAGACUUUUUCAUCUCUGGUCCGACCAUAUUUUACAACAACAUCUCAAAAGUGGCAAAGGCCUUUGGGGAGCACCUCACACCCAGCCAGAUCACAGACCUCGCGCUCAAAGCGAUUGACAGCUUGACACAUGAAGACAAGGCCAUUUCACAGGCUGCGGGAAUCCUGCUGAGCUCAUUCCUGGAGGAAUGUGGGAUGGACAUGGAAGAUCUGCCCAUGAUUAUCAAGGAAAUUUACCACCACCUCGAAAGGAUCAUUGACCCAGUUACCAAAGAACAGACGCUGAAAGCUGUGUGCAACCUUGCCUCAAAGCGUCUGAAUGGAGUGGUGGACAUCCUUCUGGAAUGCUCGCUGGAAUGUGAUGACAGUGUAGCCGAAAUAUGGAAGGCUUUAGUCGCUGACCCUUAUUCCAACAUCAAGCUGAUGAGACCGCUACUCAAAAGGCUGCAGGAUGAAGACCCCCUUUCGGAAGUCACUUUCAGGCGGCACAGCAAGUCUCAAAUGCCAAUGGCGGCCACCAAUGCUUUGUGCCUGAUCCUAUCCUUACCUGAGGCUGCAGAUACACUACAGAACAAGUUCCCCCACCUCCUGCUUGCGCUGGUCACUCAGAUCUACUUUGUCAUUGGGUCAGGCAGGAAAGGAUCCAAGAGGACAAGUCUUGGCACUGAUGCCCCUGUGCGUCUCACUCCAUUAAGCACAGCUGUCCAGGCUCUGAAAAACCUGAUUGCCUGUGCCGGCUACAUCAGAGAAUACAAUAUUUUGGGGAUGCAAGGCUGCUGGGACAUGUUGUCAACUCCGGAAACAUACUUUGAUGGCAUUUUUCAUUUGGCAAGGACUUUGUUUGCAUUCUCCAAAGUUCACCUCAGGAUGACUUUCAAGCAGGCCAACACCUACUUGCGUCGCCCUGAUGCUAAGGAGAGGACAAUUGGGAUGGCCUUCUUCACUGAGCUUCUUUUUCAUCCAGAGGUCGGCCUCUUUUUUGUGAAGCAAGAUAUACUAGACGUCCUCCGAGAGUGGAUGGUACAAACCUCUGUCCUCAUGCAGAUCUUCAGUAUUCGAGGGUUGGGCUAUAUCCUGCAGCACCCGCUGGAGGACGAGGUCGUGGAGCCUUUCCUCUAUCCCCUGAUAAACUGUGCUACUGAUCCAGACAAGAAUAUUGCCAAAGAGUCCAUUAAGAGCCUCCAGUAUCUGUUUAACCACUUGGACGUGGAGGAAUAUGGGUUCAUGGGGAUCAACCUUCUCUUUCAUCUCUUGAAACACUUUAAUGACGAAGACAACGAACUGCAAAAGUCGUCCAUCGUUCUUUAUGGGCUGCUGUUGAGGGGAGUGAAAGAGGAGCAGAGAAACAUUGCGGUGGAAGAUGUUUUGAAAAGCCUCGUCCCUCUGAUCAUACAGCUGACAGACCCUUACAGCGGAGAAGUAUCUAAGAGUGUGCUCACCACUUGUGCAAACUUCAUGAGAAUGAGUGAGGUGCCCAAUGACCUCUUUGAGUUUACAGCGCAAGACAAACUCUACAACAAAUACUUUAACAUCUCCAAGUACAUGUUGUGGAGAUACACACAGAAAUUGCCAGAAAUGCUCGCCCAGAUGAUUCAGUACAUGAAAAGCAGGAACCCUUUGUACCGAGAGGCAGCAGCCAUAUUGAUAGCAUGCAAUGUACAGUGUAUGAAACCAGACGUGGUCUCCGCUAAGCAAGUUGAGGAUGUUUAUCUAGCUCUCCGGGACCUGCAGGGCGACUGUGAAGCGUGCGUCUCCAACGCUGCCGUUGCGUCCAUUGAGGAGUUGUUCAAGCACUGCGGGAGUCGCAUCAACCCAAAGAUUGUGCCCAGCCAGCUCGUCCUGUCCAUGCUGAAAAACAACAUCGCAAAGCACUGA